AUGAUGCUGCCCAUCGCGUCCAGCCAGCUGGCCGCCACGGGCCUCUCUGCCUUCGAGGCCGGCGCAGCUCUGCAGACGGCGAGGGUCGUCUCUGCAGCUAUCACCACUCGAGUAAUACGCAUUCCCAGGAUGGCCGCUCUGCAACAACGCGCCAGGAUACACACAGCUCCUCGCAGGACCUUUACUCUCACCCGAUCCAGCGCUCCGGCAUCGGCACGCCUACCUAACCUCCCCUCACCACUGCUCACCUCGCCCAUCGCCAACAUCCGCCGGAUAUCCACCACGCCAGUCAGCUGGACGCCGCCCACGCCGGAGGAGGCAGAGAAGCGACCCGUGCUCAUCAUCGGCGCGGGCAACCUGGGCCGCCGGAUGGCCACCAUCUGGGCCUCGACGGGCCGCCCCGUCGUCCUGCACGACAUCUCGGAGCCGGCCCUGCUGUCGGCCGUCGAGUACAUCGGCGACCAGCUGACGGACUGGUGCGUCGAGCAGGGCACGCACCCGGGCCACGUCACCACCGUGUCGGGCGACCUGGCCGCGGCGCUGAGCGCGUCCGCGACCAACCUGCACCUGCGGCCCUGGAUGGCCGUCGAGGCCGUGCCCGAGGACCUGGCGCUCAAGCGCAAGAUCCUGGGCGAGGUCGAGCGCCUCGUGCCGGACGACUGCCUGCUGGCGUCCAACUCGAGCAGCUACCGCACCGCCGAGAUGGUCGGCGAGGGCGGCGUCGCCAGCCCGCACCGCCUGCUGAGCACCUACUACUACUACAUGUCGCCCUACCACCGCUUCGUCGAGCUCAUGUCCUCGGGCGCCACGGCGCCCGAGGUCUUCCCCUUCCUCGAGGCGCAGAUGGCGGGCGUGCAGCUGCGGCCCAUCGUGCUGCCGCCGCACGUGCAGUACAACGGCUUCGUGUUCAACCGCAUCUGGGAGGCGAUCCGCGGGGAGACGCUGCGCGUCGUGACCGAGGGCCACGUCAAGCCCGAGGACAUUGACGAGCUGUUCAAGGACUUCUUCCGCGCCGAGGUGGGGCCCUGCGGCAAGAUGGGCCUGGAUGUGACGGGCAAGAGCAAGCCGGUUGGUGAUCGGGGGUUUUGA